AUGCGUCGUCCUUCGGUUUUGCUUGCCGCCCUCUGCGGCCUGGCGACUCUCGCAUCGUGCGAGACCCGUCGAUACUCGACAUGGAUGCUGGACAGCAUCAAGACCCGGAACCAAGCAAUUGAGUCAUCCGGGGCUUCAAGCAGCACCCUGGAAAGCGGCAUUCUGGCCAUUGCGAUGGAGGCAACAAUCAAGCAGUACCCCGAUUUGCAGAGCAGAUAUGCGCCUUACCUCGAGGACGUACUUAAUGUUGCUUCGCCGGCUCUCACCAAUGCGACCUAUGACUCGACACGACCCCUCGACCGUUUCUCCGUCGCAACCGCCAUCAACCAUGCCUCCACUGCCGGUAUUGUCACCAUUUCAGCCACCGCAGCCUCAGCCUUCGAUGCAUUGAAUAGCUCGCUUCCCCUUCAGAUCCGCAACCCCGUCGGCGGAUUCUGGUACUACGUCUAUCCCCAAUGGAGCUACCUCGACGGCAUCUUCUCUGUUCUGCCCUUCAUGGCGGCGCAGCCCCACCCCAACUACACCGACAUCAGCCUGCAGGUGUCUCUGCUCUACGAGCACACUUUCCAGAAGAAUACCUCGCUGGUCGCUCAUGGAUACGACUAUGCGCGCACUGCAGUCUGGGCGAAUGAGGAGACCGGCUCGAGCCCGUAUAUCUGGGGCCGAUCCGUGGGCUGGUUCGUCGCUGGCUUGGUCCAGACUUGGGAGACCCUCGAUUGCCCGGCUGGCAAAGAAGAAGCCAAGGCACUUUGCAAACAGCUCAGCGAUGUUACGACACAGCUCUCAACCGCCUUGCUCAAGUACGCCGACCGCCAGACCGGUGUAUGGUGGCAGCUCACUACGUUCCCGGGACGCAGCGGCAACUACCUCGAGAGCUCUAGCACGGCGCUCUUCAUGUUCUCCAUGCUUAAGGGCGCUAGAUUGGGCAUUUACUCAGAGUCUCCCGCCCGGUUUGAGAAGGCCGCCCUUCGCGCGUACAACUACACUGUCAACCACUUCGUGACCGACCCAGGAAACGGAACCAUUGGCUUCGACAAGACGGUGGCGGUGUGCAGUCUCAACUCUACUGCUACCUACGAGUACUACACAAACCAGCCGCUGUCGCCUAACAGCUUGCUGGGCGAGUCUGCCUUUGUGCUCGCCUCACUGGAGGUGGAGAGAAAGUAG